GAACCGUCGUGGUGGGAGGUUGAUCGUCUCGCGCUCUCUCUCAUCACUCGCUUGUCCUGGAACUUGAGAGCCUACGGAAGGAUGUCCUUCGCCAGACCUGCUGGAGCCUCCUUGCUCCUUGGGGCGCUUCCCUCCCUGCUGCUGCUCCUGCUACCUACUGCUGCUCCUGCUGAGACGGUGACCCAGAGCCUGGUAGACACGGUGGAGACCCUCCAGGACCUCUCUCACCCUUGUGUGAGGGACUGCGUGGCCGGUGAUUCCCGGGUCUGCAACUACACCUUCAAGGUAGAAUGGUACAUCACCAUGAGCAAGGCGUGUCACGACUGUCCCUUCAACGUGAGUGACUGCUCCCGCCCCCACUGUGCUGCCGCGGACGGGUACGAGCGAGCUCUCGUUACUGUCAACCGGAGACUACCUGGACCUUCCCUGCACGUGUGUGUUGGGGAUGAGCUUGUAGUUGAUGUGGUCAACGAACUGGGCAGCGAUUCUACUUCUAUCCACUGGCAUGGACUUCAUCAGUUGGGUACCCCUUACAUGGAUGGUGUCCCAUUCCUCACACAAUGUCCCAUUCAUGCUGGAACCACCUUCAGAUACCACUUCUUGGCAGACAACCCUGGCACACAUUACUGGCACUCUCACUCUGGUAUGCAGCGGACAGAUGGAAUGUUUGGAUCAUUUGUGGUUCGGGAGCCACGGGAAGAUGAUCCCCAAAAAGACCUGUAUGAUGAUGAUGACUACCACCAUAUUUUUGUCAUUACUGACUGGCUCGAUGGUCUAGGCAUUGCAAAAUUUGUCAACCAUCAUCACACAGAGCAUGAUAACAAGCCAUACAACCUACUCAUCAAUGGUCGUGGAAAGUACACCAAGUUUGAGCGAGAUGGUCUUGAGGUCUACACGCCAGUUCAGGAGUAUAUUGUCAAACUGGGUCGUCGCUACAGGUUCAGAGCCUUGAGUAACAGCAUACAGAACUGCCCCAUUGUUAUUUCUAUUGACAACCACACACUUGUUCCUAUCUCUACUGACGGCAGUCCCAUCCAGCCUGUAGAAGUGGAGUCUUUGACCAUUUAUGGAGGGGAACGAUGGGACUUCGUAGUGAAUGCAUCAGAGGACAUUGCAACAUACUGGAUAAAGUUCCAAGGAAUGCUGGAUUGUGACAGUCGGUUUAAAUCCGCUUACCAGGUGGCUGUGCUAAGAUAUGAGGGUGCUGAGGGUUUCCCUGGAGGUCUGGAAGAUCUCGACUACAAUUCUACCAUCCGUGAAGGUUUGCAACUUAACAAGCUCAAUGCUGCUCCUGGGGAUGAUACCUUCCUGACAGCAGCCGAGAUUCAAGCUGUGGAUAUGGGCGAGGACAUUUCUGGCACACCUGAUCACAGGUUCUGGCUCGACUUUGACUUUUAUGGGAAGAAUAAUGAUCUCUUCCACCAUGAACAGUACUACCCUUUCCUUGGAGUCAGGAAGCAGCUUCGAUUAUUUGUGCCACAGAUAAAUGAGAUCAGCCUGAAGUUGCCGAAUGCUCCGCCCCUGUCACAGCCAGAUGAUGUUGACUACAGCUCCUUUUGCAAUGCCACCUCAAAAAGAAAUUGCCAGGAUAACUUCUGCUACUGCCCACACGUACUCAGUGUUGAGAAGGACAGUUUAGUCGAGCUGAUCUUGGUCGAUGAGGGUGUUGUAUAUUGGGCUAAUCAUCCCUUCCAUCUUCAUGGUCAUACCUUUUGGGUACUGGCCAUGGGUCGUCUGGGAGAAAACACCACUCUGCAAAAGGUACAGGAACUGGAUGCCGCUGGGUUGAUUGAGCGUAACUUUGACCAUCCGCCCAUCAAGGACACUGUAACUGUUCCUGAUGGAGGAUACACAAUCAUACGAUUCAUUGCAUCCAACCCAGGUUAUUGGCUGUUCCACUGCCACAUCAGCUUUCAUAUAGAAGUUGGAAUGGGUCUUGUUUUCCAUGUAGGAAAGCAGAGUAUGAUUCCACCUGUUCCCGAGAACUUUCCUCGUUGUGGUUCCUGGACCCCAAUGCCUGACCCUAAUUUCAAGUCUCAUCUUGCCAACUACUACAAGGAACUGAAUGAAGGUAAAAUCAGUGUUAACCUUGACCUUCUGCCAACUAACAAUAGCAAGUAUCCGGGUCCCAGCUAUUCGACACCUACAUACAGUCCGAAGCCACACCAACAACCUUCGUUUAACUCAAUAAAUGGAAGUCACAGCAUUUCAAGCCAAAAACCUGUAUUUACUUUUUCUUAUCUUGUGGCAAUUAUGUUUUUUAUGUAUGUUUUGAUAUAGUUAACACUAAGACCUCCAGUAAAAUAGAUUUAGUUUAAGAGAGUUGUCAGAAUAUGGUUAAGUGUAUAUUUUCUCUGUGGAUGCAAAUUUUUUUUUUUUUUGUUAAGAAAGUUAUGCUAUCAUUAAUUGACCACAGUGAACUUAUUUAGAACAGCUUGGUGCUGUGAGUGGCCAGGCCAUUAUACAGACAGUGUGAUAAGUCUGUACUCAAAACUGUUCUCAUAUUACCAACAAUGGCAGUAUAGUACAUCAAGUAUAAGCCUUAACCAUAUUGUCUCGUUUAUGCUUCGGAUUCAGAAUUUGAUCCUUGCUUUUAUGACUUAAUUGUGUAAGUCAAAAGACAUAUUUUCAUUAUUGUAUAUUAUUUAAUUUGUUCAUGAUUUAUAAUGUAUACACUUAUUUUAUUGGAUUUUGACUGAAGCGCCACAGAAAAUUGUUCUUGGUUAAUGGCAGAAAGUGCAGGCCAUGAAAACUGUUUCGUAUCAGAUAUUUUUAAUAAUUUAGGAAUUGUGGGUUGUACAUUCUAAUUUCUCAACAUUUAGGAAGAACUACAGUAUUAUAAUAUUUAAAAAAGGCACUUUCAUUUUAUAUUAAUUAUCAAAACAAGAUGGUAUCACAAUCAUGCUUGCUUAUCUUUUCAUUUUUAAUAGCGCUUCCAUAUUUUGAAUUAUGCAUUAUCUACCCCUUAAGAAAGAAUGCGUAUCAAUGGAUUCUGUGAAUCAUAUUGUCAAAAAGGUAUACAGUUGCUGUACAAUAUAUUUCAACCUCAGUAGAGUACUGCCUCCUUUUAUUACAUUAUUAUUUAUUUUAUUGCAUAUUUUAUCCAGAUACUAAAUUUAAGUGGGUACAAGUGGAAUGAAUUUACACUAUCCAAAAGUAAUGAUGAAUUACUGUUACUCUUGAAUAUUGUACCCACUGGGUAUACGGCACCAAAAUUUUCUAGAAAUACAGUUUAAUACCCAUAUAUCCACCAUUAUAAAGUAUGUCUAUUAGUGGUUAGUUAAUCUAUAAUGGUUAUGUUUUAUUUAUAUAUUUAUUUAUUUAUGUUUUUAUGUUUAAGAUGGUAUAAUGGGUUAUUUUAUUAGACUUUGUUGAUUAAGCGAUACAUUGGGAAACUUACUACAGUGCCGUAGUGUUUGAAUGAAGGUGAAGGAAAGACCCAAAACGCUUUGUGUAAUAGUGGCUUUAGGCAUUGUAUGUAUGUAUGUAUGUAUGUACCCAGUAUGUAUUAAAAACCAAAUUGUUGAAUGUAACCUACAUCCAUUCUCAAGGUAUUGUAUACAAUGUUUUAAUUAUAUAAAGUACCUUGAGAAAGGGUGUAGGUCACAUUUGAUAAAAUGGUUUUUAAUACAUUUAUAGUGUCUUAACCUUCACAUUCAAGUGGUACAUUCUUGCAAAGUCACUAACACGCAUAGCAAUGUGAACAAGUCUUAAAACUAACAAAGAAGUGGAAGUUUCCAUUUAAAUUUUGCACUGAUGUGUAAUUUACAGUGUAAACCAUGAGUCUUUCUCAUCACAAGCUACAUUUAUGGUAAAAUACUGUAUCUGCAAAAACAGUAGCUGUUAUUCUCAGUUUAUUUUUGAUGAUUGCCAGAUAUUCCCUUUGAUUCAUAUCAUAGUUGACAUUCAACCAAUUAAUUAAGUUUGCUGAACUCUAUAUGGAAAAAGGGUCUAUUUCUGAGUACUGUAUGUGCACUCGUGUCUAGUUUUGUUUGUGACUAAUAUGAAAUACUGGUAGCUCUUGAACCCUUGGUCAACAAGCUUGAUGCUUCCCUGCAUGGGUUGUGUACUUACAAUGUACAUUUUAAUUCAGUGAUAGUGUUAGCCUUCUCUACUCCAAAUUCAUUUCAAUGACUAUUCCUGUGUUUACUGUCCUUCUGGAAGAGUAUUACAAACAAGCAUUGAUGGCCUUUGUUUGUAGAUUUUAAAUCAUCUAUAUUGCACCAUCACAUGUCUUUGGCCAUACAUAUUUAGUACUCAUUUCUUAAUGAGUACUCAUUAGUUUCUUAAUGAUGUGAUGUGUUUUUAGCCUAUUCUCAUAUCACAUUUUCCUGGAUUUAGAGAUUAGUUUGGUGGCUAACCUCUAAUAUUUCUAGGGCUUUUGUAAAUUCUUAAGUAAGUUUUCCAUAUUCGUUACACAUACUGUAUUCCAAAACUGGUCUUACAUAUAUCAUGUAAAAAUGAAUGAUUCUUUAUUGAGAUUCCUCAAUAUCCUCUUCUCGUGAUUGGACGAGUGCUGCUAAUAUUGUUUGUAAUUAUUAUCUGUAAUAUACAAUUUCCUCUCAUUUUGUAAGUUAUCACCAGUCUCCUUUCUUUUCUCAGAAUUGAAUUCAAAUAGCUACAUAUUGCAUUUUUUAAAAUCUUGCCCAUGUUCUUCUGUGAGUGCUUACCCCCCCCCCCCCCCCUUUUAAAUUAUUCUAGCAUUUGGAUUUCAUCCAUGUUGGCAAGUGGCUCAUAUUGUGGAUUGUAUGAAUGCUACUCUCAUAAUGUAGUGGAUGAAGUGUCAGUCAAUGUAUCGGGUUAUGGGCGACUAUGGGCAGCCUCAUCAUGAUAAGGCUAAUGGUGAGUGGAGACUGGUCGUAGCCAAAAGGUUCUAGGGUUGAUUCCUGAAGUAUUUGGCCAACUUUUCCUUUCACCUGAUGCCUCUGCACACCUAGCAGUAGACCUUUCCUUUGGUCUUCCUCCUACCACCAAGAUAGGAGAUGGGGAAACGACUUUGGCUAGAUUGUUUAUCAGUCACACCCUGCGCACCUAAUAGAACAUCCUUCUUCUUUUUGCCCAAACUGCAUUGUCCCACCUUCAGUUGUGCACCUCCUUGUAGAAUGUUCCAAUUUUUGGGGCAUUCUACAAUAUCCCUCGGGGUCGUUUGUCCCUCGACAGAGUCCUUGGUAAAUUCGAGACCUUUGAUAUCGCUCACCUAUGUCUUUCUGUUCUCAUAUUGCCAUCUUGAAUGAUAUUUUAUGCCGUUUGGAUAUCUAUCGACACAGAAGGUGCUAUAUAGUCUUCCCACCUUGUUACCCUCUCUUGAUCAUUACUUAAUACAAAUGAAAACGAUGUUCUAAGUUUUGACCCCUGCAUGUUUUAUAUUUUAUUUAACUCUCAGCUGGUUAUAAGCAGUAUGACAAUGUAAAUGCAAACAAAUUCAUUUUCUUGAUGGCA